AGGAGGGGGGAGGAGGAGGAGGAGGAGGAGGNACCCAUCUCCCCAGCACCCUCACUCAAGGAACUGCCCCCAGUGCUAGAAGAGCCACCACCACAGGGAUCUCCUGAACCAGAAAAGACUGAGGGCACACGGCCUCUUCACCUUGCUAAAAAGCAGGAGACUGCAGCCAUUUGUGGAGAGACAGAUGAAGAGGAGGUGGAGAGCGGUGGUGAGGGGAUCUUCCGAGAGCGGGAUGAGUUUGUCAUACGUGUUGAGGAUGUUCACGCUCUCAAGCUUGCACUUCAGACUGGGCGGGAACCACCUCCAAUCUGGCGAGUACAGAAAGCUUUGCUUCAAAAGUUUACACCAGAAAUCAAGGAUGGGCAGCGUCAGUUCUGUGCAACCAGCAAUUAUCUGGGCUAUUUUGGUGAUGCCAAGAACCGUUACCAACGACUCUAUGUUAAAUUCUUGGAGAAUAUCAACAAGAAAGAUUAUGUCCG